CGCUCUCUGUUGCGCGAGACACAUCGCCAUCGGCAGAGGCAAGAAAGCUGACGAAAAAUGCUGCUGGAGCGACUGCUCACGACUACUGCGUUGGUGACGCUGGUCGCAAGCACGAGUCUUGCUAAUGUCGCUGUGGUGUCAACCCCUGUUUGGUUCAACGAAAUGAUGAUAGAGAAAAAUUGCACCUUCACAAAAGUUCUCUACAAUGAAGGAAAAUGUGACGUGAGAAUGUUCUUCAAUGGAGAGUUUCCGUUCUACAUGCAAGUUAUUGGCUUGGGCUUGAACGAAAAACUGGAACCUGACACAUCCGAGUUUGCAGACUCUAUCUGCCGGUGUGGAGUUUUGGAGGUACGAGGUGCUUGCACGGCUCCCAUGUUACGAGUGUUGUCAAGCCUCCGUAAGCAGUGCGGACCGGAAAACAUCUACAGUCUGCCUGAUUUGUCUUUAACCCUUCAACAAUGGCUCGACCGUGAAAGGCCUCGCUAUUAUAAAACUGUCACUAUUUCCAGACCUCGUGACCAGUUGGAAGAAGAAUUUGAAAUGGUUAGCAGCUCACUCGAAAUUUUAUCUCGUGAAAUGAUCACUGCAGCAACAACUGUAAAGCAAGAACUCCAAGAAGAUCCAGACUACUAUGAUAAACAAGCUGGAAAUUAUUUUUAAUCCUAUUUGGAAAAUUGUAUCGGUUAGGCCUCCGCAAUCCCAGAGUGGCGAAAUUCAAAGCAGUUUUCUUGCUAACACAAUUUUGCAGUUGCUAGAACUGAAGAAGAAAUUUAUUUAAGGCAAUUAAGGGAACAUAUCACAUUAUUCACUGCCACUACUCAGUACUCACUAGGUACGUACUACGUACUACCUAUGGUUAGUACGGUACUGGUAGGCAAGUUCGUAAGUAAUCAGUAAUCACUAUCACAUAGUAUGCAGUACCGUAGGGCGUAGGACGUAGGUGUGAAUGGUGUGAUGAUUUUAUGAUGUUUGGCUUUCCUUUUCCAAUUUCCAUUUACAAUUACAGUGAAUGAGUGAUGAUUCAGAUUUACAAAUUAC